GAGAUUUGAAAGGAAACAAGGUGGGAAGACAACAACAACAGCACAACAACAGCAACGAAACCCAAAUAGGAACCCCAAUUGUGGAAUCAUCAUUUUCUCUUUUGCUAUUUUACUAUCUUUUCACAACUCAUAUCAACACUGGCAACUCUCUCUGAACCUUCAACAUCACAACCAUAAAUAAAUUAAAAAUAAAAAUAAAAUAAAUCACACAAUAAAUUGACAAGAAAGGCUUUAAAUUAUAUGCCUUACUAUUUUAUAUUGAAUAAAGCUCAUAGAUAGAUAGCUGUGAUUGGAUUAGUUCUCAAUUUUUGAUCUCUAAUCGUAAAAUGGAGGAUAGCUAGGGUUUUAGUUUUUAGUUCCAGGUUAUUCGAAACGUUUUUUUUUUUUUUUUUUGAAGUUUAUUUUUGGCAAAUGGAUGUGACAAGUCAAAACGGAGGUGAAGGUGAGUCUUCGUCGGAUGUUGGAAUACCUACCGGGUUGAAUCGGAUCAAGACUCGGCGAGUUUCUUCGAAGGAUCAACAGUCGAGUUCUAGACCGGACGAGUCCGUUGAGUCUCCGAGUUUUUGGGUUUCGAGGUCUCCGUUGAGGCAGAAGCAGAAGACUAUGGCUCAGGGAGGACGUGAAAGGCCCACUGGUCCUUCCAGAAAAACUUUCCACAAAGGAAAGAAGAUAGCUCUUUGGUUCAAGUCAUAUCUUUCCAAGGAUUCAACUCAACCUUUCAAUAAUGUUCCUCCAAACAUUGAGGGCUCCAACUCAAAAGUCAAGACGCCAGACGAGGAGAGUCCUACACAAACUAAAGUACACAAUGAAGGAAAUCAUUUAGAUGUAAAAUAUUCUUCACGGGAGAGUGCAAGCCAUAGUAAAGUGUCAAUGGGUUUAAAAAGUUUUUCACAUGAAAUAGGACCAAAAGUUAGCAUUCAACCUGCCCAGCCUCGGGCCCACAGCUACAGUGAUUUGGAGGAGCUUUUGGGUUCUUUGCAUUCAAGAUUUGAUGCUGCCAAAGAAGUGGUAAAUGUGGAACUAGCUAGUUUGGCAGGGGAUGUUAUGGAUGCUGUUGAGAAGAUUGACUCAUCCCCAGAGGAACAGACAAUGGCAGAUGAUCUUCUUAUUCUUGCUAAAGUGUGUACUGAAAUGGCUUCUUCUGAGUUUCGUGUCAAAUGUGAAACAAUUGUUCAAGAAUUGACUGAGAAAAGGCAUCAGUGUCAAACAGGAAUGCUAAAGUGGUCGUUCACACGGAUGCUCUUCAUAUUAACACGUUGCACUAGACUGUUGCAGUUCCAGAAAGAUAGGGAACCAAUAGACGCAAAAUCCCUUAAAAAACUAAAGAAAUGUUUAGAAAGUGUUCCUGCUGUUGAAACAAGCUGGGUGCCCAAUCCACGGGUUACUGAUUCUGGUUCAGAUUAUGCUUCGAAUCAGAAGCAUGACGUCAAACAUGAAUUGCAGCGAGAAAAUAAGCUAUCUUGUGUCCCAGAGGCAAGUUGUUACAGUUCUAUAGAGCCAGAUGAUGAGAAUGACAGAAUUUUGAGAAAGGAUUCUGUGGUCUUGGAACAAAGAUUUCCAAUUCAAAAUUCCCAAACUAAUUUACUUUCACUAGUGCAACAGUUUCAUCAAUUUGAUGGCAUUGGAAAGUCAGCAAAUAAUUCCAUUUCUGGUUCAUUUCAUGAGCAAGAACAAAGUGCUGAUGGAUCUGAUUCAGUUAUCUGUCGGAUAUGUGAGGAAAUUGUUCCUACUUGUCAUCUGGAAUCACAUUCUUACAUAUGUGCAUAUGCUGAAAAGUGUGAUUUAAGUUAUCUAGAUCUAGAUGAACGUCUUAUAAAACUGGGGGAGAUAUUGGAACAGAUUAUAGAGUCGCGCAAUACAAGUUUUCAUGCAUCUUAUGGAAGCCCUGAAAACUUAAGAACACAAACUACAAAUUUGGCAAUCGCAUCUGAAGGUUGCUCUCCCAAGAUUAGUGAGUGGCGAAAUAAAGGUGUUGAAGGAAUGUUUGAGGAUAUACAUGAGAUGGACACAGCCUGCAUAGAUGAUUCUCAUCCUCCUAUGAACUUGAAGGUUCACUUGGGUGUAAAGCUUGGCAACCAUGGCGCACCCUCUUCAACUGGGAGCAUGACAUCAGUAUCAUCCACUAAUACCCCUAGAGCUGGUCAUUUUGACUCCUGGUGGUUGGAGCAUAACAAUCCUUCCGAGCUUGAGGAUGUGCAACAGAUGAUUGACCUUGCAGACAUAGCCCGCUGUGUGUCUGAAACAGAUCUUUCAAAAGAAGGGUCCCAUGAAUUUUUGCUUGCCUGUAUGCAAGACUUGCAGGAUGUUUUACUGGAUAGCAAGCUUAAAGCUCUUGUAAUAGAUACCUUUGGAGGCCGGAUAGAGAAACUUUUGCGGGAAAAAUAUCUGCUUGCUUGUGAACUAAUGGAUACUAGGAGCCCAAAGAAUGAUAGCAAGAAUAAGGAAAGCUCUAGAUCUCUGUUGGAUAAUGCAUCUCAAAGUAGUGCAGUAUCAACUCCUUCAAAUUCCCUGCACAAAGAGCGGACAAGCAUCGAUGACUUUGAGAUUAUCAAACCAAUUAGCAGAGGUGCUUUUGGUAGAGUCUUUCUUGCACGUAAGCGGACAACAGGAGAUUUUUUUGCAAUAAAGGUGCUGAAGAAGUUGGAUAUGAUACGAAAAAAUGAUGUUGAUCGUAUAUUAGCCGAGCGUAACAUACUAAUAACUGUCCGAAACCCUUUUGUGGUUCGAUUUUUUUAUUCAUUCACCUGUAGAGAUAACCUUUACUUGGUCAUGGAAUAUCUCAAUGGGGGUGACCUUUACUCUCUGCUGAAGAAAGUCGGUUGCCUUGACGAAGAUGUAGCUCGCAUAUAUAUUGCAGAACUGGUUCUUGCUUUGGAGUACCUCCAUUCUCUCGGAAUUGUACAUCGUGAUUUGAAACCUGACAACAUAUUGAUUGCACAGGAUGGGCACAUUAAGCUUACAGACUUUGGGCUAUCCAAGAUUGGCCUUAUAAACAGCACAAUGGAUUUAUCAGGACCUCAGACAAAUGGAACUACUCCAGAUGCCCAUGACCCACAUGCUCAGCAGACAGAUGAUAGACGACAGCACUCCGCUGUUGGGACACCUGAUUACUUGGCCCCAGAAAUCCUUCUCGGAACUGAGCAUGGUUAUGCUGCUGAUUGGUGGUCAGUGGGAAUCAUUUUAUUUGAAUUGAUUACUGGAAUUCCACCUUUCACUGCUGAACGUCCAGAGAUAAUUUUUGACAACAUUCUUAACAGAAAAAUCCCCUGGCCUUCUGUUCCUAGUGACAUGUCCUAUGAGGCCCAAGACUUAAUUAAUAGGUUUCUUAUGCAUGGUCCAGAGGAGCGGUUAGGAGCAAAUGGAUCGGCAGAGGUAAAAGCACAUCCUUUUUUCGGAGGAGUUAAUUGGGACAGCCUAGCAUUGCAAAAGGCGGCCUUUGUGCCACAGCCAGACAGUGCAGAUGACACAAGCUAUUUUAUAUCACGGUUUAAUCAAAUGUCUAGUGGAAUGCCAGAUGAUCAGAACUGUAGCAAUUCAGAUUCUGACACUCUGGAAUCGUGCUCAAAUUCUGGAGAUGAGAUGGAUGAAUGUGGUGACCUAGCAGAGUUUGAUGACUCUCCAUUAAGUCUCUCAUUAAUAAAUUUCUCUUUCAAGAAUUUGUCACAGUUGGCAGCUAUUAACCAUGAUGUGCUCUUACAAACUGGGAGGGAUUCGACAAAGUGCUCUCCAUCUAGAGGUCCUGGUUCAUAGUUUAUGGUUUGUUCUAACACCAAAUGCUUUGUACAGCUAACCCUGUAUAUAAUAAUUUUAGGAUAGGAAGAAAAAGGUAUACACCCAAAAAAAAAAAAGGAAGAAAAAAAGAAGAAAAGAAAAUCAUAAGAAAUUAAAAAAAAAAGAAUAAUAUCAGCAAUAGCAAUGACAUCUAGUGGCAUGUAUUGCUCCUUCUAGAGUUCUCUGUCAUGGAAAGAAAAUGAGAACUGGUUCUUUUUUCUUUUUCUUUUUCUCUUUUAAUUUUUAAUUUUUAAUUACUGUAAGAUUCAUAAUGGAAGGAGCUGCCAUUUAAGCUAGAGGCCUAGAGCUCAUUGUCACAACUUAUUGUUUUUAAUUUAAAAUUAAGAGGGGAAAAGGUUUUUAUUUUUUUGUUA